AUGAUGAGCACUCGUAGAAGCCUCGGUAUUGGACGUGAAACUUGUGGCUGCUGGAGUAGGAGGUUUACUGCAUACAAGUAUAGGACUAGGAAUUGGAGUAGUAAAAUCAUGAAUAGUUUGGCUGAUUGGGUUGGGCUUAGGUGGUAUGUCAUGGCAUGGAGAUACAUUCGUCCAACUAGUGAUUUGAGAUGGAGUUACACAAACGACAUGGGAUGGGUGAUUUUGGAAAGGAAAUGUGUCUUCAAUGAAGACUACAUGUCAAGAUAG